GUCUUGGCAUUGGAGCGAUUCUAGAGAGCAGAUUGUACAAAAGCGCUAGACUUACCCUUCGAGCUUCGGCAUCCUCGACGAAUCCAACGAAUUCCAAAUCACUUUCAUGUCCGCCGCAGUACCUGUUGUAGUAGACACUCACGCUGUCACUAAUCCUCGACCUGUCGACCAACCAGAUUCUCUUAUCAAAGAUGACAUUGAGGACAAGGGUGAACUUUCUUAUUCAGACAUCAACGAUUCUGUCGAGACCCUCGAUGCCAAAUGGUAUGAGCCUCCAGACUCCUACGAAUCUAAGCAUCGAUGGGAUCCAGAAGCCAAGUGGACAACGCAGGAGGAGACCAGAUUAAGGAGGACACUGGACAUUCGUGUGGCUGCUUUUGCUUGUCUUUGUUUCGCAGCUCUUCAACUGGAUCGGGGAAAUAUUACCAAUGCCCUUUCGGAUGGAAUGCUCGCCGACAUUGGCCUCACUACCGCAGGAUAUAAUACUGGGAUGACCAUCUUUUAUUGUUGCUUCUUGGUCGCCGAACUUCCAUCUCAAAUGAUAUCAAAAAAGCUCGGUAGCGAUGUCUGGAUCCCCAUCCAAAUGAUGGCUUGGUCAAUUGUCGCUAUUUGCCAGGUGGCUAUUAAGGGAAAGUCUUCGUUCUACGCUACCCGAGCUCUCCUUGGUUUGCUCGAAGGUGGAUUCAUUGCCGAUACAGUUCUCUAUUUAUCCUACUAUUACACUGCCGCUGAACUUACCAUACGGCUUUCUUGGUUCUGGGUUUCACUGACCACUACUACCAUUAUCGGUUCUCUCUUGGCUGCUGGCAUUCUUCAGAUGCGAGGCGUUCACGGACUUGCUGGGUGGAGGUGGCUCUUCGCUAUCGAAGGCGCUCUUACCUUCCUCAUCGGCUUCUGGGCUUGGUGGUACUUGCCCGCCUCUCCUACUGAGACCAAAAAGUGGUGGAGACCCAAUGGAUGGUUCACUGAGCGAGAGGAGACCAUCAUUGUCAACAAAGUCCUCCGAGACGACCCCACCAAGUCUUCUAUGCAUAACCGUGAAGGCUUGUCGCCUAUAGACCUUUGGCGCUCUAUUGCUGAUUUUGACAUGUGGCCUCUCUACGUUAUCGGUUUGAUUGCUUUCAUUGUCCCUUCUACCGUCCAGGCAUACUUUACUCUUACACUCAGGAAUUUGGACUUCUCCACCUUCCAGACCAACUUGCUCACUAUCCCUAGUAACGUCAUGUUUAUCUUUAUGAACCUUGGUGUUUCCUUCUUAUCCAAGAGACUUAACGAGCGCCUUAUCGUCACAACUGUCCAACCCAUCUGGCAUCUGAUUUUCCUGAUCGUAAUUAUUGCUCUCCCUGAUGAUGUUAACCGAUGGGCAAAGUGGGUGGUUACCAGUCUGCUUAUGGCUUACCCUUACUGCCACCCUAUUUUGGUCUCUAUGAACAGUAUGAACGCCGGGUCCGUCCGAACACGUACUGUUGCCAGUUCUGUGUACAACAUGUUCGUCCAAGCCGCAUCACUUAUUGCCUCCAACAUCUAUCAGCCUUCCGACGCACCCUACUAUCACAAGGGUAAUCGAGUCCUCAUUGCUCUCAGUGUCGUCUCGAUUGUCAUGUGUUGGUCUGCCAAGGCCUGGUACAUCUGGCGCAACAAGCAGCGUGCCAAGAUCUGGGACUCUUGGACCAUCUCCCAAAAGGAGGAGUAUCUCGCCACUACCAAGGACCUCGGUAACAAGAGACUCAACUUUCGUUUUUUGCACUAGGUCUUUUCCCAUUCACCGCCAGCACUCUUUGUCUGUAUUCUUAUUCCCGGCCUUCAACUAGAAUAUAGAUACGAACCCCCUUUUGCCUUCUGUAAUCUGUUGAUAGCGCUAUUUUAAUGCAGAGGCUAUCAAGACUAUCAGCGGAAUUUCAGUGCCGAGAAGGUGCUAAAAGAGUUUUUAAUAAUGGAACGGGCCGA